ACGAGUACACGGCGUGCGACAGCGCGGGGUCGCGGUGGAGGGUGGCCGUGCCGCACACGCCGGGACUCUGCACCGGGCUGCCGGACCCCGUCAAGGGCACCGAGUGCUCUUUCUCCUGCAAGGCAGGUGAGUUCCUCGACAUGAAGGCGCAGUCGUGCAAGCCCUGCGCCGAGGGCACCUACUCGCUGGGCACCGGCGUGCGCUUCGACGAGUGGGACGAGGUGCCCCACGGCUUCGCCAACGUCGCCACCAACCUGGAGGUCGACGACAGCUUCGGCGACACGGUGGAGAACUGCACGGCGUCGACGUGGGUGCCGCUGGGUGACUACAUCGCCUCCAACACGGACGAGUGCACGGCCACCCUCAUGUACGCCGUCAACCUGAAGCAGUCGGGCACCGUCUCCUUCGAGUACAUCUACCCCGACAGCAGCAUCGUCUUCGAGUUCUUUGUGCAGAACGACCAGUGCCAGCCCACGGUGGAGGAGUCGCGCUGGAUGCGGACCACGGAGAAGGGCUGGGAGUUCCACAGCGUGGAGCUGAGCCGCGGCAACAACGUGCUCUACUGGAGGACCACGGCUUUCUCCGUGUGGUCCAAGGUCCCCAAGCCCGUGCUGGUGAGGAACAUCGGGAUCACAGGAGUCGCCUACACCUCCGAGUGCUUUCCCUGCAAACCCGGAACCUACGCCGCCGCCGCCGGCUCCUCCUUCUGCCAGCUCUGCCCCGCCAACACCUUCUCCAGCAAAGGCGCCACCGCCUGCCAGCCCUGCGAGCCGGCCACCUACGCGGAGCAAGGCUCCGCGUCCUGCAAGGUGCGGCCGCCCUGCACGGACAAGGAUUACUUCUACACGCACACAGCUUGCGAUGCCAACGGGGAGACCCAACUCAUGUUCAAGUGGGCAGAGCCGAAAAUCUGCAACGAGGAGCUGCCGCAGGCAGCCCAGCUGCCCCCCUCGGGGGUGAAAACCAAGUGCCCCCCCUGCAACCCUGGUUUCUUCAAAAGCAACAGCAGCGCCUGCGAGCCCUGUCCCUACGGCUCCUACUCCAACGGCUCAGGCUGCGUCCGCUGCCCGGCUGGCACCGAGCCGGUGCUGGGGCUGGAGUACAAGUGGUGGAACGUGCUGCCCCCCAACAUGGAGACCACCGUGCUCAGCGGCAUCAACUUCGAGUACAAGGGGAUGGCAGGCUGGGAGGUGGCUGGGGACUACAUCUACACGGCGGCAGGAGCCUCCGACAACGACUUCAUGAUCCUCACGCUGGUGGUGCCUGGCUUCAGUCCCCCGCAGCCGGCGCUGGAGGACGGGGACAGCAAGGAGGUGGCCAGGAUCACCUUUGUCUUCGAGACCAUCUGCAGCGUCAGCUGCGAGCUCUAUUUCAUGGUGGGUGUCAAUUCCCGCACCAACACGCCGGUGGAGACGUGGACGGGGCCCAAGGGGAAGCAGUCGUACACCUACGUGGUGGAGAAGAACGCCACCAUGAGCUUCACCUGGGCGUUCCAGCGCACGCCCUACCACGAGGCGGGCCGGCGGUACACCAGCGACGUGGCCAAGCUCUACUCCGUCAACGUCACCAACGUGCUGGGCGGGGUGGCCUCCUUCUGCCGACGCUGCGCCCCUGAGCCGGGGGGGGCCUGCGCCCCCUGCCCCCCCGGGCACGCCCUAGACCACGCCACCGGCGCCUGCCAGCCCUGUCCCCCCGGCACCUACCUGCGGGGGCACCCCCCCGGCAGCACCCCCACCUGCCAGCCCUGCGGUCCCGGCACCCACAGCAACCAGGUCCGCUCCCUCUGCUACAACAACUGCAGCUUCUCGCUGGCGCUGCCGGGCCGCACGCUGCACUACGACUUCUCGGCGCUGGCCGCCACCACGGCGUUCGCCAGCGGCCCCAGCUUCACCUCCAAGGGCCUCAAGUACUUCCACCACUUCAACGUCAGCCUCUGCGGCAACCGCGGCAGGAAGGCGGCCUCGUGCACGGACAACGUGACGGACGCGCGGCUGCCGGACGAGGGGGGCGCGGGCCGGGUGGUGACGUCCCACGUGUGCCAGGCCAUCGUGGUGCCCUCCGACGUGGUGGGCUACCGGGCGGUGGUGUCCUCGCAGCCCGUCAGCCUGGCUGACCGCGUCGUGGGUGUCACCACGAGCCCCACGCUGGACGGCAUCACCGCGCCCCCCGAGCUCUUCCCCCCUGCCAACCCCGAGCUGCCCGACAUCAUCUUCUUCUACAGGUCCAGCGAGGUGACACAGUCGUGCAGCGGGGGCCGGGCCACCACCAUCCGCCUGCGCUGCGACCCGCUGCUGCCAGGCACCGGCAGCCUGGCUGUGCCCAGCAAAUGCCCCGAGGGCACCUGUGACGGCUGCGCCUUCCACCUGCUGUGGGCGACGGCCGAGGGCUGCCCGCGCUGCUCCGCCGGCCACUUCCGCGCCAUCGUGGGCGCCUGCCAGGGCGGCCUGCAGAGAACCACCUACGUGUGGCGGGAGCCCCGGCUGUGCCGCGGGGGGCAGCGCCUGCCCCCGCCGAGGGUCCGCAGCUGCCGCAGCACCGAUUUCUGGCUGAAGGUGGGGGUCUCGGUGGGGACGUGCGUGGCCGUGCUGCUGGCUGCCCUGGCCGCCUACUUCUGGAAGAAGAACCAGAAGCUGGAGUACAAGUACUCCAAGCUGGUGAUGAACGCGGCGGCCAAGGAGAGCGAGCUGCCGGCGCCCGACAGCUGCGCCAUCAUGGAGGGCGAGGACGCCGAGGACGAGCUCAUCUUCGCCACCAAGAAGUCGCUGCUGGGCAAGAUCAAGGCCUUCACCUCCAAGCGCACCCCAGAUGGCUUCGACUCCGUCCCGCUGAAGCCGUCGUCCGGCGGCACCGACCUGGAGCUGUGAGGGGGCCGUG